CAGAAAAGAAAAUCUGUCACGGGACCUACAAAACGACAGUAGAUCAUGUCGCUUUAGCGGCGCGUGGAUAAACCUUUCUCUCUCUGUUUCCCUUGGUCAGUCCUCUCUCAUCUUCCUUCUGAAUUACGAAAAGCCAACUGCUUUUUAGGCUCGAUUUUCCCAUUCAUUUUUAUUUUAUAUUAUUAUUUUUUUUUAAAUUUCGAAGCCAAAAAAAAAAAAGGAGAGAGAGAAGUGUUGUUUCAGUGUUUGUGGUGGUGGAUCUUUGAGUAAUAUCGAUGGAGGAGUCUUAUAGCAAUCUUCCUACUAGUCAUUUGUUAGGCUCAGUACCUGCUGUAGUUAGUGAAGAAAAAAGUACAACGACUACUUAUGAAGUUCCUGAAGCAAACAUGCAAACCUUCCCUCCAAAUAGCAACGGAGGAGGCACCACUCGUGGUUAUCAAACUCUUGGGACUCCGCCUGAAGGAUUUGAACAACAAGCACCAAACAAUUGGAAGGGGGUAUUCAGCAUCUCAUCAUACACACAGUAUUUCAAUGUUGAUACAGACAUUGUCAUAAACAGAAUAAUGAGUUCCUUUUAUCCUAUUGGUGGGGACUUUUUCAGGAAGAUUGAUGCGCACCCUGAUCUAUAUGGGCUUAUCUGGAUUUCAACAACAUUGAUAUGUUUGCUAGCUGGUCUUGGAAAUUGCGCUACCUACCUCAUGCAGAAACACACUGAAAGUAGUGCUUCUUGGAACUUCGAUGUCGGAUAUGUAAACGUGGCUACCUUUGCAAUCUAUGGAUAUGCUAUCUUGGUGCCUUUGGCAUUUUACUUCUUGUUUCAGUAUCUGGGGGCAAAUGCUAGCCUCAUAAGGUUUUGGUGCAUGUGGGGCUAUUCUCUCGUCAUUUUUGUUAUAAGCUCCUUUCUGUUGGUUGUUCCAGUUGAGGCAUUCCGGUGGAUCAUUAUACUUGCUGCUGGGAUAGAUUCAGCGUGCUUCGUUGCCACAAACCUCAAGUUCUGUAUUGGGGGCAAUGAUCUUACAAUUGUGGUGGUUUCAGCAUUCUGUUUGCAACUAGCUCUAGCAAUCUUCAUCAAGGCCUGGUUCUUUGCCUAAGCCACUUAUACUCACCCCGUGUAAUUUGCAAGUAAAAGAAUCAGUUGGAGGAAAAUUUUUCUAGAAGAGAACCCUCCAUAUUGCUUUAACAGUCUUGAGUAUUUUAGUAAAGAAAGGAAUACAUGGGAGAACGAGUGCGGAGGAGUGAUGCUAAUGGACUUGAUUCAAUGGCUUUGGAUUUGAUGUUAGCUUACAGUUUGCAUUGCAGGCUAAAGCAAGCAGAUGGGGAAAGCUGGUUGAGUUUAGCUGCAACUUCUUUUGUUACAAAACUUAAAAAGACUAAUUUCUGUCAGCUUGAUUUUGUCCACACUUGAACUUGGACAUGUAUAUAUGCAAAUGACAUAAGAGUGGUGUUUAUAAUUUAUUAUAGGAAAAUUCUAUCCUA